AUGUUCCUGUAUUCUAAAACUAUUUUCUACACAUUUGUUGCUUUGGAUAUAUAUGGAUCGAUGGCCCAAGGUAAGGAUCCCGUGCAAUCCGUGUGUAUUCUGGAAAACGCACCAGCUCAAUGUGCGACAUUCUGCCUUGCCUCUCUGGGAUCCCUAUAUGAUGACUUGAAUAUGCUGACGAUUGGCUUUAAUGAAACCCAGGAAAGAUUGGACAGAGUUGAAAGACAGCAGGCCAUUCUGCUGGAAUCUUUUAACAAGCUGCUCCUGCCGGAUUUCGAGAUCAAAUCAAAAAGGACGGAAAACCGGGAGGAAACACAGUGCAAUGUUAAAACGAUAGCCGCGCAUAGAUUUGAGCUAAUUGGCUUAAGAUUCUUCUAUAUCGAGCAAAGUAGAUUGAACAAACAAAAUUGGACUAAUGCGGAAAACACAUGUCGCCAAAUGGGCGGCCAUCUAGCAUCCAUUAAAAGCGAGGAGGAGUUUACUGUCAUCAAUUCGAAACUCGAUUCCGAAUACGCCUAUUGGCUGGGUGUCAACGAUCUGGCGAAAAAGGGAGAUUACGUAUCUGUAGCCUCCGGCAAAGGUCCUUUUUUAAAGUGGUCAGCCGGUGAACCCGACGAUACAAAGGAGUUUCCACGCUGCAUUUCCGUGUUCGAAAGUUACAUGUAUCUCGACUCAUGUGACAGAAACUUUCGAUUCAUUUGCCAGGCAGAUAAUGAAGUUUAA